UUUGUGUUUUUAGGAAUGCAGUUUUGAGUCAUCUACAUAGCAAUGAAAAAGAAAACAACGGAAGUGACGAGUUAGAAACUGUUCGUAACAGAGAAUCGAGAAUAUUCAACAGUAGAAGGAAGUCAAAAGAGUUGUCACAAUGAACAGAGGUAGUGUCUGGGCUCUCUGGUUUUGUGUCAGUAUAUUAUUUUUAUGGUUCUUUAUGAUUCCGCCAACAAUGGCUUCAGAAGACAAUUCUACCAAGUGCAAAGAAGGGUUGCUAUUACCAUUGUGGCUUCCUGCUGAGAAUCUAAGUACUGGGGACGUAAUAGCAAGGGGAAUUGUGUACUUUGUCAGUCUAGGUUACAUGUUUGUGGGCGUGGCGAUAAUAGCUGAUCGUUUUAUGGCGUCAAUCGAGGUUAUUACAUCCAAGGAAAAAGAAGUUGUCAUUAAAAAACCGAAUGGUGAGAAACAGACCAUUAGUGUUAGAAUAUGGAAUGAAACAGUUUCUAACCUGACUCUUAUGGCUUUGGGUUCUUCAGCACCAGAAAUUCUCCUCUCUAUCAUUGAAGUUUACGGUCAGAACUUUGAAGCAGGCGAACUUGGCCCAGGAACUAUAGUUGGUAGUGCAGCAUUUAAUAUGUUUGUAAUCAUUGCCAUCUGUGUUUAUUCUAUCCCUGACGGCGAGAGUAGAAAAAUCAAACACUUGAGAGUGUUCUUUGUCACCAUGACCUGGAGUGUUUUUGCAUACAUCUGGCUCUAUCUGAUCUUGACCUGGUCAUCCUACGGGGUGAUUGAAGUAUGGGAGGGUGUGACAACUUUUCUCUUCUUCCCCGCUACUGUCCUAACGGCCUACAUUGCUGACCGACGUCUUUUGAUUUACAAGUAUCUCUCCAAGAAAUAUCGGGUGAACAAGCGUGGAAUGAUCGUAGGAGCUGAAAGAGAGGAUCUCGAGAUGGGAAGUAUCAAGGCUAACAACUUGCCUGAUGGGGACAUCAAAAUGUUUGAAGAAGACGGGAAUGAAGAAGUGCGUGAAUUCGAAGAACACCGAAGAGAAUACAUCAACAUUCUUCGAGAACUUCGUCACAAGAAUCCUGACUGUCCAAUUGAAGAUUUGGAGUUGAUGGCUCGCGAAGAAAUCCUUAACCGUGGCCCCAAGAGCCGGGCCUAUUAUCGCAUUCAGGCUACUCGGAAAUUAACUGGAGGAGGAAACCUCAUGAAACGGAAGUUUGAAAGACAGGAAGCCAAGAAAGGGGAGGAGAUUGCAGAAAAAGAAGAAGUGAUUUCUAUUGGUUUCGACCCUUGUAAUUACACAGUAAUGGAGAAUGUGGGAGAAUUCGCUGUCACAGUCAUCAGAGAAGGAGAACUGAGUCAUGCAAUCUGUGUGGACUUUCAGACAGAAGAUGGAACUGCCAAUGCUGGUUCAGACUUCGAACACGUGGAGGGCACGCUGGUGUUUCGCCCAGGAGAAGCCCAAAAACAAAUAUAUAUCACGGUCAUCGAUGACGAAGUGUUUGAAGAGGACGAACACUUUUACGUGCGGUUAAUUAACCCAAGAUACAUGGGUUCGGAUGGUCCUGUUGGCUCAAUGAAUGGUUCUAUCGGUAGCACGGGGCUGCGUCCUCCCGUCACGCUGUCCGCAGCCGACCUCGCCACCGUGAUGAUUCUAGAUGAUGACCACAGUGGAAUAUUUGCAUUUCCCGAAAUGGAGCACGAGACCUCGGAAUCUGUCGGAACUUACGCGUUGAAAGUGUGUCGGUACAGCGGUGCCCGUGGUACAGUGAUUGUACCAUUCAGAACCGUAGAAGGGACUGGUAAGAAGAACAAGGACUUUGAAGAACUUCAAGGAGACAUUGUCUUUGAAAACAACGAAACUUCGAAGGAAAUCAUGAUCCAUAUCUAUGACAACGAGAGUUAUGAAAGAGAUAUUUUGUUCUACGUUGAGUUGGGAGACCCGAAAAUCUUAACUGUAGACCAUUCACAUGGUGUUUGCUUAACUAAUACAGUAGACAAGCUGUUUCAAAAAGCUAACGUUUCACUGACAAUUGGAACCUCUUCUUGGAAGGAACAAUUUGUAGAAGCCAUUACUGUCAGCGCAGGUGAUGGUGAAGAUGAAGAUGGAGGCAAUGGUGACGAAGAGAAAAUGCCGACUUGUUCUGAUUACAUUAUGCAUUUCUUUACACUCUUCUGGAAAAUUAUUUUUGCUUUUGUUCCUCCUACAGACUACGUGGAUGGCUGGCUUUGCUUUGUUUUUUCAAUUAUUGUUAUCGGUAUCCUCACCGCCUUCAUCGGUGACUUGGCUUCCCACUUCGGAUGUACUCUGGGUGUCAAGGACUCAGUGACUGCUAUUGUCUUUGUUGCUUUGGGUACGAGCGUUCCAGAUACUUUUGCUAGCAAAGUGGCAGCUGUCAAUGAUAAAUACGCCGAUUCUUCCAUUGGGAAUGUAACCGGUAGUAACGCCGUUAACGUGUUUCUUGGUAUCGGAAUCGCCUGGUCGCUAGCAGCAAUUUACCAUGCCAUCAAGGGUACAUCGUUUUCAGUUAAUCCUGGCAGUCUGGCAUUUUCUGUAACACUCUUUUGUGUUUGUGCCUUUACAGUCUCACUCAUUCUUAUGUUGCGACGCCACAGAACCGUCGGAGGUGAACUCGGAGGCACUAAGAAGUACAAAUUACCGACUACACUGUUCUUUAUUAGUCUAUGGCUCUUAUAUAUUUUGAUGUCGACCUUUGAGACGUAUGGAAUCAUUGUCGGGUUCUAACAGACACUUAUCGGUUACUCC